CACACCUCAAACCAUAUCACAACUCACACACCUCAAACCAAAGCAAAAUAAAUAUUCACCAAAACCAAGAAAGAAUUUUUUUUAAAAAAAAACAUCAAUGGCUUCUUCUAAUUCCAAGAUUAUCUUCAUCUUUUUCAUCCUCAUUUCUGUUUUCACCCCUCAAACUUUCUCACAAAGUGACUACUCAUCAUGUGAAUCACAAAUACAUAACACAUGCAACAACAAAUCCAAAGCAUUAACCUUAAAAAUCAUAGCUAUAGUUUCAAUAUUACUCACUAGCAUGAUUGGAGUAUGUUUACCUCUCGUUACACGUUCAAUUUCAGCGUUAAGCCCUGAUCGUAACGUUUUCGUUAUCGUUAAGGCAUUUGCUGCUGGAAUUAUACUAGGAACAGGUUUCAUGCACGUGUUACCAGACUCAUUUGAAAUGUUGUUGUCUAAUUGUUUGAAGGAAAAUCCUUGGCAUAAGUUUCCUUUUACUGGAUUUGUUGCUAUGUUAUCAGCUAUAGUUACAUUGGCUAUCGACUCUAUGGCUACUAGUUUGUACAGCAAAAAGCACAAUAAUGCUCGUGUACAAGUACAAAAUAUUAUUAAUGGUACUUCUGAUCAAGAAUUGGGCAAUAUGGUGAAUAAUAAUAUGCAUUUUCAUUCUCAUCGCCAUGGUUCUCUUUUGAAAGAUGGAACGAAACUACUUCGUUAUCGAGUCAUUGCUAUGGUAUUAGAGCUUGGUAUUAUAGUUCACUCAAUAGUAAUAGGGAUUUCACUUGGAUCUUCAAACAAUACAUGCACAAUUAAAGGACUUGUUGCUGCACUUUGCUUUCAUCAAAUGUUUGAAGGAAUGGGACUUGGUGGUUGCAUUCUUCAGGCAGAGUACAAAAUGUUGAAAAAGGCAGCAAUGGCAUUUUUCUUUUCAGUAACAACUCCAUUUGGUAUAGCACUUGGAAUUGCACUAUCAAAUACUUAUCAAGAAAAUAGCCCUCGUGCUUUAAUAACUGUGGGCUUAUUGAAUGCAUCAUCUGCUGGCCUUUUAAUUUAUAUGGCUUUGGUUGAUCUUCUUGCUGCUGAUUUUAUGGGUGACAAAUUACAAGGUAGUAUCAAGUUACAAAUCAAGGCUUUUAUUGCUGUACUUUUGGGUGCUGGUGGCAUGUCUCUAAUGGCCAAAUGGGCUUGAUCUCAUAUUUAACUCAUCCUAAUAUAUAGUUUAUGGAUGAGGACUACAUCAAUAAUUAAUACUUAGUCAAUGUUAUUAAGAAGUUUGCUAAGCUAAGUAGAUUAGGUGGUGCCAUAAUUUGAAGUUUAUGAGUCUACUAUUUUAACCUGUUUAUGUUAUUUGCUUCAAAAUUAGUAGCUUAUAGAUAUAUAUUACAUUUCUUAAGACAAAUAUAUAAUUUGGAUCGAAGUUAUUGGAUUCAAUGAA